GAUUACAAUCAACACGUAGGUACUGAGUUGAUAACUAUGCUGAAAAAUCCAACAAUUCCAGUUACAUCUUUAGACCAGGCCACAAAAGAUAUACUAGCCAAUUUUGGUGUUGGUAGUUGUAUUCUGAACAUGGUGGACAAAGAUUUUCCAAUUGAGCUAGUUGGUUGGAAAGGAUUUUCAAUUCUCAAAGAUUAUGUAAAUGGUGAAUGUAGAUUACACUAUUUGAGAUUACUUGGAGUUGAUGUCUCAGAAUUUGGUAAUACUUAUUACUUAAUAUUAUCUUAAAACACUUUGUGAAUG